AUGACCAUAGUCUGUUACGGCGACGAGCUGGAGUCAGGUCAAGGCCUCGAUGAGGACGAUGAGCUGGUGUCAGGUCAGGGCCCCGAUGAGGACGAUGAGCUGGAGUCAGGUCAAGGCCCCGAUGAGGACGAUGAGCUGGCGCCAGGUCAAGGCCCCGAUGAGGACGAUGAGCUGGAGUCAGGUCAAGGCCCCGAUGAGGACGAUGAGCUGGAGUCAGGUCAAGGCCCCGAUGAGGACGAUGAGCUGGAGUCAGGUCAGGGCCCCGAUGAGGACGAUGAGCUGGAGUCAGGUCAGGGCCCCGAUGAGGACGAUGAGCUGGAGUCAGGUCAGGGCCCCGAUGAGGACGAUGAGCUGGAGUCAGGUCAGGGCCCCGAUGAGGACGAUGAGCAUGAAGUUGAGCUUCCCUGA